AUGCCGAGCACGUCUCCAGCGGUGCUGGUGAACGACACGCUGUACGUGUCCGGCCAGCUGGGGAUCGAUGCCACCUCCGGAGAACUGUGCCAAGGCGUGGAGGCGCAGACGCGCCAGGCGCUGGAGAACAUGGGCCACAUCCUGCAGGAGGCCGGCAUGACACACGCGGACGUCGUUAAAGCGACGGUUCUUCUCGCCGACAUGAACGACUUCUCCAAAGUCAACGAAGUCUACAAGACAUUUUUCACCAGUGAUUUUCCGGCCCGGGCGGCCUACCAAGUGGCAGCACUGCCUAAGGGCGGGAUGGUGGAGAUCGAGGCGAUCGCCUUCAAGUGCUCCGACGGCGACAGCAGGCUCUAGCGCCUGACUGACAUCGGCACCCCAGUCCCUGCCGUCGGACCCCGGCCCCCGUCGGUGCGCCGGCCAAGCCCAGCGUCGAUGAGAUUCCCGGCCGUGUCGCCCGCCUCCCGCCGGCAGCCUUCGACCGUCGACCGUCGCCGCCGACGCCGCCUGUCGGAGGCAGCCUCUUCACGGCGAGCUGGUCCGCGCCGUGGUAGCUGACGUGGAUCCCUGUACGGUAUUCUGGGCCGCUCCAGUGUGGAAUGUGCCGAGUGCCGACGGAUGGAAACCAGUUGCAAGGAGAGGAGGAUGGGGCUGGUGUUGCGUUUAUGAUCGUACACGGCUUGGAACAGAUUUGAUCGUGGCUAAACGCUGGAUUUGGGGAAAACUGCAAUAUGGUGAAUAAAGUCAGUAAAGGAGACAAUGACUGCUGG